GCCUGGUGGCGUAGACACCAUCAGCCUCUCUCACCCCUCCCGGUCUCCGCCGUCCUAACCGUUUUCCCCGGCUUAGCGGGGCUUUAGCGUCUGCGCGGAAAAAUGUAGGACAUGGCAGUUAGCUCGUGUCUUAAACCAGUAAAGCCGCCACACUGUUGGGGUCCGCGGUGUCGGUCGCCCGCGUCGGUGUUACCUCUCUGUCCCCGCGAUGCGCUGGUCAUCCAGGAGUAGGCAGAGAAGGCGCCACCGACAGGAGGAGGUGGGUCGGCAUCAGGCGGGAACCCUUUUGGGGGGAGAUGCCAUUUGAUAGAGAUGGGACAGACAGAGUUUAGAGGGGAUUGAAAUGAUUCCAAAGUCAGGAAAGUCUCCAGCAGAAUCCAGGAAAGCGGUCGGCAUCCAUGAGUUUGCCGCUCUCGCCCGGUCGUCUCUGAACGGCAUCUCUCAGGCCAUGAGGGACCAUGUGACCAAGCCCACAUCGCUGGCCCAGGGACGGGUGGCCCACCUCAUCGAGUGGAAGGGCUGGCCGAGACCCUCGGACCCUCCCCCCUCCACCCUGUCCCACUUCAGCUCCUACUGUCAUCUGAGCGAGGGGGAGAAGGAAGCCCGAUUUGCUGCAGGUGUAGCGGAGCAGUUUGCCAUCGCCGAGGCCAAGUUGCGGGCCUGGGCGUCCGUGGACGACGACGAGGAAGAGGAGGACUUCAACGACGAGGACGCCCAGUACGAUGAACCGGAUCAGACGUUCCCCAGACAGGACACCUCAGACUUCGCCUCGUUCGGCCUGGAUUCCGGAGUCCCACGACAGGCUGUGAUUGACGGCGGCGAAGCCCCGCCCCCCUUUGCAUGCGCCGGUUCGAGCCGCGACCCACCGCCGGCCGCCCCCAGUGACCCGUGUUCCGCCCUGACCCUCUCCCCUGCUCUGCCCGACGACAGCACUAGGGAGGAGGAGGGGGAGGAGGGGGAAAAAGAGGAGAUGCACGGCGGCUCUGUGAAGCAGAAGGAGGUGGCCCUUCAGCACGGCGACGCCUACCUGGCCCACAAGGAGGAGUGGCCUCGCAGGAGCAGCAGGUUUGACUCCUGCUACUCCACCUCCCACUCAGAGUCCCCAGGAGAAGAGGAGGAGGAUGAAGAGGAGGAGGAGGAGGAUGGAGGGGUGUUCCACGCGGUCAGGGUGUGGCGCUGCCACCCCAAAGGGUUCUUCUCUGACCGCGCCUCCUCGGGCGUGGCCUCCUUUGACGAGGAGCAGGAGGAGGUGGUGGAGGAGGUGGCCGAGAUGGAGAGAAAGUGGAAGGAAAAGGAGCAUUUGAUGUGAUGUCAUUGGUCCCUUAAUCGUCGUAUAAGCUAUUUUGCUGUUUACCUGUAAAAAAAAAUAAAAUAAAAGAGGCUCCAUCGCGUUGGGCCACUGUAUCUUCCCCUUCCCUCUCAAGGCUUAGUUAUGGUUCUACGUCGACGCAGAGCAAGCGGGUUUACGGACCCCAUUACGUCCUUGCGGACCCUCCUUGCGUUCACCUCAAGGGCCUGACGUGCGCCUCCCAAAAACGUCAACCUUGUGUCGAGGCGACCCAGCGGCGAGGGCUGUGAUUGGGCAGGCUCACUAAAACCCGACGCAGAACCAACGCCGGUUCACGACUGCGUCGAAGCGUCUGCGUGGCCAUUGCGUUGCGUCGAGGUGGAACCAUAACUGCACCUUAACCCUUUGCCAUGUCCCACUGAUCUUAAAUUUUAACCUCUCCCCCCCCCCCCCCCCUCUGGUGCCCUUGUUGGGUCAUUGGUCAUUGGGUCUCUCACCCCCUUAGUUGAUUGCACCAUAUAUAUAUGUAUCUAUAUAUAUGAAUUUAUAUAUAUGUAUGUAUAUAUGUGUGUGUGUAUGUAUAUGUUGGUGAGUGGAACCAGGAUGUAAAACUGUCAUUCAUACUCUGGGUUUUGUACAUUUUUGUGAAGAGUUUGUGUGUUGCUAUUGCAUUGUUUUUUUAUGGAACUUUUGUAGUGUGCAGGGGUUACACACGAUGCGUACGUAUUGCUAUGUGCAAUGAAAAAUAAUCUUAUAUGAAAAAAUAAAAAAUAAAGUACAUGAA